AUGACCCAGCGUACAUUGGAACAACCGGAAAAAAGGGUAGUUGAACUGUUAAGAGAUAAUAAUGUAUCAACCAUCGUUCUUGCUGGAAAACCAGGAAUUGGAAAAACAUGGAUGGCGAGAAAAGUUAGUACUCAUUCCCUUAGAAAGCACUUGUUUGGCAUAACCCUUUGGGCAUAUCUGAACAGAAAGUAUGAUGAGAGAACUCUUUGCGAGAGUAUUGCUUGUCAACUGUCUUUACUUACCACUUCUAAAGAGUGGCAAAGCAAUGAUAACGAGGAGGUAGAAGAGGAGGAGGAAAACUUGGAUGUCUUGAAGCGGAAUAUAUCUGCAACACUUGCAGAAAAGAGCCUUCUUCUAGUUUUGGAUGAUGAGGGCAGCAAAAUGAGUGAACACGAAAUUACAGCACUGCUGCCUUUCCCCCAGCUAAAAUCAUGCAAGAAGUUAAUUACUUCAAUUAACAAAGAUGGAAGACAUAAAUCUAUGGAUGGUAAGGAAGUGGUUGAGGUCCUGCCCUUGUCUAUUGAAAAGUCAUUAUCUGUAUUGAAACAAAUAGCUGGGGCAAAAGUUUUCGAGAGUCCAGGAGUGGAACGUCUAGCUGAAGAUUUCAUCAAAAGGAACAUGGGUUUAACACCUAUUUCAGUUGUCAUGCUAGCAAAAGCCCUAUGUUAUAGAGGACAUGGUUCUGAUGUGCGAGUUCUGGAACGUGCUUUGGAGGAAUCAUCUGGUGAUGGGAACUACAGCUUUAUGCAGUUACUGUGCAGUGGGUAUGAUGAGGUGCCAGAUGGUGUUCUAAUUGACUGUACCUGGCAGGGCAUCCAUUUCUUUCGCGACCGUGGGUGCAUCCAUUUCAGUGAAUUGAUAGCUUACUGGAUAAUGGAAGGAUAUCUUGGUGAUAUUGAUAGUAUGGAGAAGGCUUAUGAGGAGGGACAUCGUGUUCUCAUGGAGCUUAUGGAUUGUCAGAUGCUGAAAAAAGUUGAGGGGGAUUACAUCAUAAUGGAAAGAACAGUAAUGGAUCUGGAUGAGCUCAAUCGCUGUGGAUUUGGUAGAACAGCCAGUCUGGGAUUGGCUAUUGUGUUUGAGGAUGGCAAGUGGGAUGGUAUUGGGAGAAUUAUGCAGGGAGACGGUAUAAUGAAAGCACACCACAAAGGUAAAAACACAAAGAAAUUCUCAACAUUAUUGCUCGAUGGAAAUUGUCUGAGCAAGGAAAUCCGAAAUAAUUUCUUUGAACCCUACCUGGACCUCCAAUUUCUUGCCCUUUUCAAUCUCAGGCUUGAAUCACUGUCAUCAUCGUUGUCUAUCAUGAAUGGGCUUAACGUGCUUGUAAUCAGGGGCUGCACUUUAUUGGUGGACAUCGGAUCCAUUCGAGAACUUAAAAAUUUAUCUGUACUGGAAAUAUCAGGAGCUAGAUCAUUGAAAAGUAUGCCAGAUGAAUUUUUUACACAAAUGACUCAACUUCGAAGUCUAAACCUAUCUGCCCUUCAGAUCGAAGUGUUACCUCCAUCGUUUUACGACCUUACGGAACUUCAAUGGCUCAUCCUUAAAGACUGUUCUUGCUUAAAACGAAUGCAGAGUUUGAAAAGAUUUGAAAAACUUGUGGUGCUUAAUCUUUCAGGUGUUACCUCUUUGGACAAUUUUCCUGAAAAAACCUUCAGACCAUACCAGAAACUUCAAACACUUGAUCUGUCCACUACCAGAAUGAAAACUGUACCUCUUUUUGGUGAUAUUGGAGCGCUAACUCAUCUGUCAUUAAGUGACUGUCGACAUGUUGAUAGACUGCCCAGCAUUAAGUCGUUAGCCCAUCUCCAAGUUCUUGAUCUUUCAGGUACUAGCAUCAAGGAAUUCCAUGAUCAAUCAUUAGAAGCUAAUUUUGGCCUUAAAAUUCUUGAUCUAUCCAGAACUCCUGUAUCUUCACUACCUUCAAACAUUAGCAAUCCUUGUCAGCUCUAUUUAAAAGGUUGCCUCCAUCUGCAAGACCUUCCAUGCAUAGAGUCACUUAAAGACCUAGAGACACUUGAUCUUUCAGGUGCCAGUAGUCUGGAAAAGAUUGAUGAAAAAUUCUUUAAAGAUUUGAGAAGCCUUCGAAUUCUCAACCUUUCAGAAACCAAAGUCAAUGGUCUGCCUCCCCUUUUUACUCUUUGUAACCUUCGUCAGCUGUUACUUUCAUGUUGUGAAUGCUUGGUGAAGUUGCCGGCCUUGAAUUCCCUUAGCAAACUGGAGGUUCUUGAUCUUUCAGGUUGUAAUACUUUGACAGUGAUAGAAGAUGAAUCUUUUGAGCAGAUGUCUUGCCUUCAGAGACUCAUCCUCUCUGGUACAAAGAUUGAAAGGCUUCCAUUCCUUUCAAACGUUAGCAGCCUUCGCUACCUCUCAUUGAGAAAAUGUAUAAACCUGGAAAUGGAAGUCGAAGCAUUGAAAUCUCUCUCAAACCUUGAGGAGCUAAAUUUAUGUGGUAUCAACUGCUUGACUAGAGCGGAUUUCUUGGAGCACAUGAGCCACCUUCGUGUUCUUGACCUCUCUGAAACCCAGAUUGAACAGCUACCGUCCAUCUCACAUCUAAAAAACCUUGUUGAUCUUUCUCUGAGGGGUUGUCAGCGGUUAGAAACAGUGCCAAACUUGGAAAAACUUACAACGCUUGAGAUUCUGGAUCUCUCUGGAACUGUGGUCAGGCAUCUGCCAUCCCUUACAAAUUUUAGCAACCUACGCCAACUCUUGCUUAGAAAUUGUUUGAGCUUAGAAGAGUUUCAAAAUAUUGAGAUGCUUGAUCCAUCUGAAGCCAUUCAUAGAGAACUCCCUUAUGGAAUCUCAAAAUUGACUCAAGUUGAGCAUCUUGAUCUGCCAAACAUCAGCAGGAGACGAGCUGGCUGCGGAAAGAUACAGUGCUUGCCAGAAGAGCAGUGGGAUAUCUGCACUCUGCCCGUAUCAGUGUCAGACGGCAACGGACCUUUCGUAAGUUGUUCAGUUUUUUCCCAACCUUUGGAGAAAGAUCCCCUGUUAUGGGAGACAAGCUUCAAACAAUUCCAAUUCUCUGUUCGUCCCAUCGAGAAGGAAGAUGAAAUAGGAGGUACAUACAUUUACAAAGAUGAAUUGAUCUACAGAGAUAUUUACUUCAAGGCAAGGCAUUUCUCUUAUUUAAAAGAGCACACGUGGUUACUAGAGAUCAAUGGUUUUCAUUAUUACCCCCGUGGUAUCGAGGAUGCACUCAGUCAUGCUGAAUAUGUAUUUCUGUUUGACAAUUCAUUUGUAAAAUGCUUAUCUAAUUUGGGUGCUGACAACAUCAAGAUGAUGAGGGGCUGCUGGAUAAAGAGAUGCACAAAUAUGGAGAAUGUUUUCAAUGUGGACAAGGUAGAAGAUACUGCAACAAUGGAGAAAACUUUGGAGCUUCUAUGGAUUUCUUAUGCUAUUAGGUUGGAGAGAAUAUAUGGUGGGGACCUGAAAUAUGAGGGCUUCCGCAACCUUAAAUGUUUGUAUUUGGAUUGUUGUCCGAAACUUCCAAGUGUUUUCUUGUCAUCCCAUCAGCCGCAAAACCUUGAAAUUCUUCAUAUCAAAUUUUGUGAUGAAAUGAGGACUCUGUUGGAACAUACUACCAACAAGUCUGCAUUGCCGAAGUUGCCAAAGUUGCGCAUAUUACAUCUGUGGGAACUCCCAAAAUUCAGGAGCAUUGGAUGCGUGUUGCCAUCUUUGCUAAGUUUGCAAGUUGGGGAGUGCCCCAUGUUUGAAGAUGAUCUCUUUUGCCACAUCUGCCAACAAAUCUUUAGAUCCUCUAAAUUAAUUUCGGUGAUGCCAUGUCAACAAGAUUCCAUUGUCACAUUAUGCCCAAGACUACAGACGUCGAGCAACGAUGGAAAAUUAUCCAUGCCCCAAGAAUAG